AUGAGUGUGGAUGAUCGAGGUUCAAUGGAGUCCCUUUUGGAUCCUUGUAUAUGUCGCAUACCGAAACCACAGAAAAAGUCUCCCUUUACUAACGGUUCCCUGCCUCACAUCCCUCAAGAGGUUGAAAGCGAAUGCCUCUCACAUAUUCUUACUUUGGUUGAAAAGACUCUCUUUACGUGGGCGGACUGGUCUGUCGUCUUGCCACCUUCUCAACUCACUCCAAAUCUUAACAACCGAAAUGAGACUCCUGAUGUUGGCUCUCUAUUUGUACAUCAAGAUUUCGAGGAGUAUCAGGUCCUUGCUAAGGAUGAACAGCACAAGAGUCGUCGUUUAAAUUCUAAGCAAUUGUUGCAACUGCGCAAUUAUGGUCGAUUUGAUGUGGAGAGUAGGGACUUUCCUGGCCAUCAGCACAGUUGGCACAUCUGCAGUGGCUUGCAGAAGGGCAGAGUCCGAAUUCUAGCCACUCUCAGAAGUGAUUUGCGCAAAGCGCUAGAGUAUCUGGCGAUCGGAGCAAGAAAUCGUUUUAUUGGAGAAUUCUUCAGCACAAAAGUGGCCAUCUUUGCAUUUACGGAUUUUCUUCGAAUGCUUCUGGAUCUGUUGGUCGGAUUGCCGCAUGUUCACCACGAGGAUAUCGACAGGCGGCUCUUGGAGGAGCGGUUAGAGUUCAUCACCGGCGAUCUUACCGUUAAGGUGCGUCUCUCUUCAGCACUAUCAUCCUCUUCGACCCUUUUUCUCUCUCUCGCUCUCCUCACUGCAAAUCGACAAGUCCUGGAAGCUUUCUGGAGCUUUGCUGAACGCGUGUCUUAUCUACCUGAAGAUAUCAAUUUGGGACAGGAGAAUCAACCACCGCCACCACCAUUCGCUUUCAUCACGCCCUCCAAACUGCUCAUUGAUCUGCGAAUCUACGACAACCAAGUGUUGGAGCGCUGCCUGGUUGUGAUUAACCAGUUGCGACAGGAGGUCCAUGACAAUUGGUUUGAAGAAUUUAAAAACAACCUCUACAUUAGUCUCAAACAGGGCGCAGAGGAUGUGGUCUGCGUCAAACGAAACUUGGAGCAGGCAGGCGCCGUGACAGGAGGUGGACUCAUUAAGGGAGGAGUGAAACCUCGAUUUGGCCACUCCGAAGCCCUAAUCCAGGAGGCCACCUUCAGCCUCGCGGUGAUGGAGUCGAAAGCAAGUCUCUGUGACUCCUGGCUGGCUCAUAAGGCUGCCACCGAGGAGCUCAUGGAGCGGACUCAUCCCAUUCUCUGGGGCAUUCCACAAUGGAAGAAAGAACAAAUGGCCAAGGUCAAGGCAGCAUUUAUGAAGGCGCAUCGAUUUGACGUUCAUAGGUCGGUGAUUGAAAAGUGCAAGGAGCUGGGCCUUCGACAAUACGGAUACUUUGUCAAACGCGAUUUGCUCUUCCUCACUGAGAGGGAGAGUAGAAUACGGACGGAAUUGAUUAAAACGUCCAUGUGUCCGGACAAUCGUUUCACGCACAAGGUGUCUUGUGAGUUGAUGCGUCAUUGGCGCGUCUAUCGUCGAGACACCAUAUUUCCUCACCACCAGGAACGCGUGGACGGCGUCCUUCUUCUUGGCCGUCGGUCUGACGGUGUGGUGACUGAGGCUGGAUCGUCACCGGAUCCCGAGCAUUCCGCCCUCAUACCACAACGCAGUAGCUUUGACUACUACAACAUGGGCUAUAUUUAUUACACAAACGAAAAGCAAUGUCAGACAUUUCAAAGUCGACUUACUGGGCUGUGGACGUCGGUACGAACAGCAGCAGAUCCGGAUCGGAGUGUAGCGCCUGCCUUUCAUCGUUUCUGCAUCUUCUCCAUCACUAUUGCGCUCUCCGUCCUCCUUGUCUUGCUAAUGCCUCUCGCCUGCAUAAUUCUAUCCACACUGUCCGUAGUCUUCGGUCUCUUCGCCCUCUUGCUAGUCCCCACUCUCAGUCUUGUGUUCCACCUGCUCUGCGUCAUCCUGUGGGAUUUCUAUAAACCAGCAACACAUCCCAACAGCCUGCUUCCAAUCUUCGAAGUUUUCAUCUGGCACCUAGUACUUCGGUGCCUCCUCCAGUUUGUUGCAGCCCUGCUCUGUGGUCUGCUUCUCUACCCCCUAUUCUCUCUAACGGUCGCCCUCUUCGGCCUGUUGCGGUGGUUCCUUCGCUCGGUUUGGGACACUAUGACUUACCAAGCUUGCUUGAAAUUUUGCAUUCGCAUUCCCGCUCACGACAACUACAUUCUCCAACGGCGUGCCGGACCUGGUCUCUCUCCAGUGCAUUUCUAUAAGGCUCGACUAGCCGACGUCUGUGCCAUUUUAGCCGGUCAACUGGAGGCUGUGGAACUGGAGGAAUGGAGGGCACAAAUGGAAGAGAUCGCACGUGAACCUCUCAAGGCCUACAACUCACUGGCGGAGAGUCUGGCGUGGCUUUCGCUGUCUCCAGUGGAAAAGGGAAUUUUCUGCCAAUUGCAUGGGCAAACUAAGGCCUGGAUCGAGGAUAUUCAUCAGAGGGUGAAACAACGGAGGGAGGCGCUUCAGCCCAAGUUUCCUCGCUGCCAAGCCAAUCGGCUCAAGCUCUCUGCCAAUGAUCUUCAGAAAUUUACCAUUGUUGGAGCUGCACAAACACAGAAGUUUUAUGAAACUCGAAUUCUCCCCAGACUGCAAUUGUUGAAUCGUAAUCCCGAAGAAUGGUGGUCGUGUCGAGGUCUACGAACAGAUGACUUUUCCGGGCUCUGCAUGAGGCUAGUGAAAAAUGUUCUGGGUGAGCAAUUCUUGACAAGUCUGAAAGAGACGGAUACGGUAUUCCCAUUGCACGUCCGUCAAAAAGGCAUCGUUAGCAGAUUUGCCCAAGUUCUACCACCGACUCCGUUCAUAAUGCGCCGGCCUAUAACGACGACCGGAGCCUGCGCUGCGGAAACUGCACAGGAAGUUGUGAAUUCGAGGUCUGAAGAACAUGGGAUAACAACCACCACCGUGGUACAACGCUCUCUUCCUCCUUCUUUUGCAAAGAAAACCAAAGAGAGACCUGAUGGAAUACCAAAAUCUCGCUCCUAUCCACCAAUGAGUGGCGAGUCUGAUAAUCAUCACUGUGGUUACAACCUGGAGGAGCAGCCGUCAAUAGAUGUAGACUUCGAAGAUAGCGAGGUUGAAAGCUCAUCGGGCAACUCAAAACGCCAGACAGUUAUCCUCGCCAAGGGAAAGCACGGUGGGGAGACUCAAGAGGCGGCGGCGGCGGCGGCGGAACCGGUGCAUGAAGACAGCAUUUCUAUUGAGUCUAUGGUCUUCAUUCACAUUGAACUUCCACUCUUUCCCCUUUCCACAUUCGUGCCAAAAGCACUACAAGAGGCUGCUGCAGCCAGAAAUAAGAGAGCUACAGCCAAACUGGACCCAAGAAGCGGUCCUUGUGCUCAUGUCUCGGCUUCUGCAAAAGGGUCCAGAACCUCAGGAAAGUUAAUGCGAAUCCCAGGGGCGCCGUUUCCCACCUCUGCUGGUGGCAAUGUUAAAAGGGUUGGGGGGAUCGGAACGCUGCUGAAGGAGGAAGAGGAGGAGGAGGAGGGAACACCGCUCGUGGGAACAUUACCGUUCACUGCAUCGCCUCCUUCUACCUUGGAGGUUAAACGAGCACCUCUUGGCCGCCGUUGCAGGGACGCCUUGUGGAUGUGUGUGGUCCGUGCAGUGACCAGAAAGUGGAGACUGGAGAAAUUUGCUAAAGUCCAACGCGAGCUGCCAUUUAGCAAUGUGAUUGAGAAUAUUGGCCUCCUAAUGCAUCCGGUGGAGAUUGUUUUAAAUAUGCACUCACGAAUUCUAGAGGAGCGUAAAAUAAAUCGAGAGCACCCUAUAUUGGCUAAGCAUAUCGCUGAGCUGACCGCCUUCCCACCAACGCAUGUCGCUCCGCCCCACACAUCCGGUGUCGGUCCCAUCAACUCUUUGCAACCACAGUUUCACACACUUGACUAUGUAACUACACAUACGGCACCCGUUCGUCACUUCUCUUUGGGCCAUGAGCCACAGUCAUUGCGCGCGUUUGAGACACCGUUCGAUCGACCGCUGGAUGGUGAAUCGCCAGGUCAGCGACCGCGGGACUGGGACGAUUUUAAUCUCGCCUCCUGGUGGGAUGUGGAAUCACGACGGGGUCGAGACUACUUGGAAAUGCACGGAUCGGCAGUGGACUUUUACACCGCAGUUACGGAUACAACGACUUCAGCAUAUGAAGAGACGGAGGACUUGGACGAGGAGGACGGCGCGGAGAGAGAAGCGGCGGAGAUUGACUUCCUAUUGGAGAGUGCAACAGUGAUGCCAAAAAUGGUCAUUGAUCACGAGGAGGGCAACCUCUUUAGUCGGUCUCAGGGACCGGAAAGCUUUCAGCUAAUCAGCAUCAGUGGAAACGGGAUGAAAAAUAAGACGAUUGAAAGCGCAAACGCCAGUCAGACCUUGCAACCCAAGCCACCCACCCUGAUGGUUACGAGCUCGAGUUCUGCCAGCGGGUGGCCAGUGCAGCGCCCGCACUCUUCAUCAAGCCUGACUACAGCACCGAGCAGAGGCGAUGGAGUCAGUCUUGGUCGUACCCACCCCAACACCUCCGUGGGGAGUGUUGGGCAGAGCAUUGCCUCCCAAUCUACUGUCCGUCUGACUAACGUUCAGCGUCGCUCCCAACACCUUCAAAUCCACUAA